AUGGAAAGAAUCGAGGCAGAGGUCACGGACCGGGCAAACCUUGCUAAAGCCACGCUUAUGUGGCUGUCAAGGGCAAAAGAUCGCAUCACACUAUCGCAAGUCAUCGAAGUUUUGGCUGUAGAGAUUAACGAGUCACAGUUGGACUCCACGAACCUACACGAAGUUGAAGACAUCGUCGCCGCUUGCGCAGGAUUUGUCAUUGUCACGACAGAUAACUCGUACACUCACUUUCGCGAUGGUGACGGCCCCUGUCAUUAUUUCCAGCUCGCCCAUCAUACUAUCUCUGAGUUUCUCGAAAGAACACAGCAAACGUGGUUUCCAACGGCCGAUGCUCAGAUGGCCCAUACCUGUCUCGCCUAUCUCUUGUUUAAAGACUUCUGCGACGACUUUCCUCCUAGACUUCAACCAGCACGAACUCUAGCUCUGAGCGUUAAAUAUCCCUUUUAUAGGUACGCAGCCGAGAAUUGGGGAGUGCAUUGCCUCGAAGGGGCAGUACAACUGGACGAUAAAGUGUUCGAGUUCCUCGAAAGUGACAGCCGCCUAAUCGCAUCUUUGGACACGACUCGCAACCCCCGUCGAGUUGAAGAGGGUGACUACUUGCCUUACUCGAGCGGUCUCCAUGAAGCGAUAAAGUUUGGGCUGGAAGACACUGCUAUCGCUCUCAUACAGCGUGGCCAUGAUCCCACCAUGCAAAUCCACGAUUAUGAAAGGCCCUUGAUUUUGGCAGCUAGAGCAGGCCUAGAGACAGUGGUACGAAUGCUGCUCACCUUUCCCCAGGUCACAAAGACUAUCGAUGAAGAGAACCGUGACUUUCAGACCGCGUUUUUCGAGGCUUGUCGUGGUGGCAACGCAAACAUCAUAAAACUACUGCUGGACAGUGGUGCGGAUCCUGAGGCUUCUGGAAUGAGUUCAGAAUUUUCCGAUUCUCUUACGCCCUUGAUGCUGGCUGCCGUCCGUGGUGAUGAGUCUCUUGUUGCUACGCUACUUUCUCAUUCCCGCGUUAGACCGUUUGCUUAA